CGUCAAUGCCGGCGGGAGCGCGGGGGAAGCGCGGGAAGAUGGCGCCCCGCGGGCGGCCCCCGCCGCGCCCCGCGCCUCCCGGGCCCCGCGCCCGCUGAGCGCUCCGGCUCUGCUGAUGGACCCCACGGAGCUGGAGCCGCUGGCCCGGGACGUGUACGGCCGCGUCCAGCCGGCAGCGGGCUCGGCGCGGCGGGGCGGCGGCUGCCGGGAGCUGAUGGUGCGCCUGACCGAGGGGCAGUACGUGCUGUGCCGCUGGACAGACGGGCUCUACUACCUCGGCAAGAUCAAGAGGGUGAGUGGCUCCAAGCAGAGCUGCCUCGUCACGUUUGAGGAUAACUCCAAGUACUGGGUCCUCUGGAAGGACAUCCAGCAUGCCGGCGUCCCGGGGGAGGAGCCCAAGUGCAGCAUCUGCCUGGGGAAGAAGUCGGGCCCCAGGAACGAAAUCCUCAUCUGCGGGAAGUGCGGGCUGGGGUACCACCAGCAGUGCCACAUCCCGGUGGCGAGCGGCGGCGAGGGCCCGCUGGGGACGCCGUGGUUCUGCCGCCGCUGCAUUUUCGCCCUGGCGGUGCGGAAAGGGGGUGCCCUGAAGAAAGGAGCCAUUGCCAGGACGCUGCAGGCCGUGAAGAUGGUGCUGUCCUACAACCCCGAGCUGCUGGAGUGGGACUCCCCGCACCGCACCAACCAGCAGCAGUGCUACUGCUACUGCGGCGGCCCCGGGGAGUGGUACCUGAAGAUGCUGCAGUGCUACCGCUGCCGGCAGUGGUUCCACGAAGCCUGCACGCAGUGCCUCAGUGACCCCAUGAUGUUCGGAGACCGGUUCUAUGUGUUUUUCUGCUCUGUGUGCAACCAGGGACCGGAAUACAUCAAGCGCCUGCCCCUGAGAUGGGUGGACAUCGUCCAUCUUGCCCUCUACAACCUGGGUGUGCAGAGCAAGAAGAAAUACUUUGACUUUGAGGAGAUCUUGGCCUUCGUGAACCACCACUGGGACCCUCUGCAGCUCGGGAAGCUCACGGGCACCCCGAUCUCCGAGCGCGGCCCCCACCUCCUCAACGCCCUCAACAGCUACAAGAGCAGGUUUCUGUGCGGGAAGGAGAUCAAAAAGAAGAAAUGCAUCUUCCGCCUGCGGAUCCGCGUCCCCCCGAACCCCCCCAGCAAAGUGCUGCCGGAGAAAGGCCCCGGCGAGGCCGAGAGCGGCUCCUGGGAGCUGAAGAAGAAGGGGAAGAGCAAAUCCGCCGCCAAGGACGGCCUCCUGCAGCAGCAGAAGCGGCGAGCGCGGCGCAGGAGGGCCAAGUUCCUGCUGGAGGAUGCCAUUCCCAGCAGUGACUUCACCUCGGCCUGGAGCACCAACCACCACCUGGCCAGCAUCUUCGACUUCACGCUGGAUGAGAUCCAGAGCCUGAAAAGUGCCAGCUCAGGACAGACUUUCCUGUCAGACUUGGACUCCACAGAUGCCACCAGCACCUCAGGCUCAGCCACCACGAGCCUCUCCCACGAGUCCAGCCGCAGGACCGUGGGCAGCCGCAAGCGCAAGUUGGCAGUGCCAGCCUACACCUCGGGGGCCAAGCGGAGAGGGGCUGAGCUGGGCGGGUGCCCCUCCGCGACCACCCCCGAGGGCAGCCCCGACGGCGGCAUCGACAGCCACACCUUCGAGAGCAUCAGCGAGGACGACUCCUCGCUGUCCCACCUCAAGUCGUCCAUCAGCAGCUACUUCGGGGCCGCGGGCCGGCUGGUGUGCGGGGAGAGGUACCAGGUGCUGGCGCGGCGGGUGACGCUGGAGGGGAAGGUGCAGUACCUGGUGGAGUGGGAAGGCACGACCCCCUACUGACCCCCGCCACCCCCAAACCUCCGGAGAUCGGGCUGCUGGGGAAGCCCGAGAGGCACAGAGAGGUGCUGCUCCCUCCCCACGGCCAUCUCGGUGGGUGGAGGCAGUGCCCAGGAAUGAAACCCUGGAGCCCUGACACUCUGGGUUUUUUUUUUUUUUAAUGUUAACGAUUUUUAGUUCCUUGGCUGCAUUUAUGCAGAGCGUGGCCCAGCCGUGCCCUCCUGGUGGAGCCUGGUGCUGCUCAGAGCAGUGUGGGGGUCUGGCCUUUCCAAAAGGGUCCCCAUGGCACAGCUGGAACAGCUGCUUGGGGGGCACCCCACAGCCUGCUCACACCGAGGGACCCCGGCCUGUGCCUGUCCCAGCCUGACUGAGCAGCCUCCAGGGGGUCCUGCUGCCAAAACACAAACCCCUCCUGGUCCCUGGGCUCUCACAGCUCGGCCCUGUGCCCAUGGGAAACCGGGACAGCUCUUGGGGUUUUUCACCUCAUCCAGAAUCCAUUCAUUAGAGGAAUGUGGUUUGUUUUGUUUUAUGUGAGAGGAAAAUGCCCCAAAAUCAGCCCACAUGGGGCAGAUGUGCUCUCACCCCACGACCUGGACUGUGUGUGAUGCUGCACCAGCUCCAUUUCACUGUUCUGACAAUCAUGAUCUUGGAAGAGAUCUUCCAAAAAAUCCUCCUUUGCCUUAAAACCACCGUGGGCACUUCACAGACGGGAGCCCGAGGCCUUUGUUUCUACAGGAAUCUUCAUCCCAAAUGUGCCAAACCAGCAAACAAACCAAAAAAAGGCUGAAGAGGACAGCAGGGGCAGGGGCUGUACUGGGGUGCCUGUGGCCAUCCCUGGGCCAUCCCUGGGCCAUCCCUGGGCCAUCCCUGGGCUGUCCCUGUGGCCUCCUGGCUGUGCCUCUCUUGCAGUGGUGAUGUUUAUGAGCACUGGGCUUGAUUUGUCUGCAGGAGAGGAGCAGCCCCCUCCUUUAACAAAGCAAUACUGCCAGCUUGGGCAGGAGCAGAGCAGUUGGCUUUUAAAAAAAGAUUAAAUAUGUUAGAUUUUUAUCCUUUAGAGAGACAGAGAGAUAUUUUUAAAGUCCUCCUCAUCUCUCCCCCAUCCCACCGUGGCUGUCCCAUGGGUGGGCCACGCUGGGCUGUGGGAUCCUGUCCAUCAGCAGAGCCUGUCCUGUGCUUGUGGGAUCUCAGCUCAUCCAGAGCAGAAUGCCCCUGUCCUUUUGGGACAGGUGCUGCCAGGCUCCCCUUCCCUGGCAGGGAGAACUGCCUGUCCUGCCUUAGCUUUGUCCUUGAAGGAUCACUUCAAAUAUUUCCCUUUCUUAGUGCCUAUGGAGCUCUUCCAAGGGGCUGCCAAGAGCUGUGCCAGGGCUGAGCAGGGUUAUGCCCGUGGGGUGUGCCAGUGGGAGCACCCACAGUAUCUGCCUCUGGCUCCUCUCUGCUCCCUCUCUGUUCCCUCUCCUCCUCUCCUGGCUUCUUGCAGAGAAUUGAAUGUGGAGCCUUUAAAAGUAUUUUUGCUGCAGAGUAUAUUUUGCAUUCGCUGUAAUAGAGAUUAUAACAACUCUGUGCACCUUCUGAUUUCUGAGUCCAGGUUGCUGCUUGUAAGCACCUCUCGUUAUACCCAAGUUGUAAUUAAUAUGUCUGAUGUACAAUUAAAAAGCAGGGUUUUUUUCAAA